UAAACCUGUAUAGAGCUCUUAUUUGCUCCGAGGCUGAUUAGCUUUCAAUUGACGGUACAUCAAACACCGUGCUAAACCAAACACAACAAGGAUUCAUUUGAAUUCCCUCUGUUCGAAUCAUCUGAUUAUUCAGUGCUCCCGGGAAAUCGAAGACGUGUCCCAAAAGUUCGAAGUACACUCGUCGAACGUUUGAUCGUGACACUCAGUUGGCUUUCUUGGAGGGCAUUCGAUUGGUAUCCGUACGAUCGUGAGUUCUAAACAUGUCUACUUUAGCAGAAAUUACAGCUCAAGAAACAGAGCUCAAGGGAAAGUUGGACGAAACCAAAAAAAUCGACGAGCGACGAAAACUUCGAGCAGAGUUACGAGCAUUACGAGCCAAAAAAGAAAAGCUUGAAAAUGAAAAUGGAAAUGGAAAGAAAAUUGUCAGCACGAUCUCUACUUCACCAGUAGUAAUUUCUAUGAACAAACGCUCUGAUCACUUUGAUAAUAAAAUAUCCAAAUAUAUAGAACCGGAACCAGUUACUAUAACAAUACCGAAAAACGACGACCAGCCGAAAGUCGCCCGAAGCACUUUUAAAUUUGAAAUGAAAAGUGCUCGUGUUGAGCCUGGCAAUAGAUAUCAGAUCAACGGAGUUGAAGAAAAACGACCAAGAAUAAACAACGAAGACUUAAACAACAAUAACCAAGAAAACAUGACAAGCAGUGUUGCGCCUAAGCGCAUGAGCAGAAGGGCCUCCCUGGUGGAGCUGUUCAAAAUCGAAGAAGAUAACAAGGGUGGGGUGCGUAGACCUCGUACCGCACAACCUGAUAUACCUGAAAGUGCAAAAGUCAGCGGUCCUCCGUCGUCGCGCAGGGACGUUAAAAAGACCGAUGAUCAAACCAAGCAAGAGCUUAUUCAAAAUCUCGGACGCCUGCGCAGUAGAAGAAGAUCUGUGCGCGAGAUUCAGAACCGGGACGAGCUGGAAGGUUUAAUGUAUGUCAAGCAAGGGGAUGCAGUGAAACUUGUUAGUACGACCAAAGGCGACGAUGAAGUCAAGGAAGAAAGACGUAUUCGAAGAAGUUCACGACGCGAAAUGCAGGAGAAGAUGAAAUUCGAAGGUGGUUUGAUCAAAAAGAUUGAAGCUAAAGAAGAAGUGCUGUCUCCUUUAAAAGAGGAGAGUCCAUCCCCUGCGUCAACUGCCAAUCAACGGUUCAACUAUAGUAACAAUAACGUUGUGAAUAGAGCGCCACCGCCGAAACAAGAGGAUCCACCGUCGUAUGGUGGAAAUAGAUUUGGUAGCAGAAAUGAUGCCCCACAACCUGGGAGGUUGGCAGGGGGCGGUCGUCCUGGACAGCCCAAGUCAUUCCUUGCUGGAAAAGAGGAGGCACCUGCUCCCACUAAACUUUCAGGCUCUGUGGCCGACAGGAUGAAAUACUUUAGACAACAAGCCGAGUUAGAGAAAAAAGCAGCUAAAAAGCAAAUGCCAGUGAAAUCACCGGCCCCAGCACCGACUCCAGCGAAACCCCCUACACCGUCAAGCGCACCGUCCCCGACGACUCCAAAUGAACCUAAGGAGAGGGUCUCAUUAAAGAAGGCUCCCGAUCCAAACAAGGCACCUAGAGAAUUAAAGAAAAAGCCUCAACUUAAACGUCAAAUGUCCGUUUCUUCGCUUAUUCUUACUUGGUGUAAAGACGUUACUUCUGGAUAUCCGGGAGUUAACAUAACAAAUUUCAGUGGUAGUUUCGCCAAUGGCUUAGCAUUCUGCGCUCUUGUACACAAAUUCAACCCGGACAAGUUUGAUUUCAAUUCUCUCAGCGCUGAAAACCGACGAUAUAAUUUCCAGUUGGCUUUCGAUACCGCCAGUUCUGUUGGUAUUCCAGCUCUGCUCGACGUAGAGGACAUGUUCCGACUGAAAAAGCCCGAACCAAGAAGUGUGCAAUGUUAUGUACAGAUGAUAUUUAGCAAGUAUCGUCCAAAAGAUUUGGAUAUGUCUAAUCUAAUCAUAGCUUAAGCUAUAGUGUAUUAAUAUUGUUAACCUAGUUUAUGAAUUAUUAACGUAUUCUCGUGGUUUCACUGGCUUAUGAAAGACUUUCAUUGGCACAGUCGUUUUAAACAAAAACAAACAAAACAAAUUCGUCUAGUACAAUUGAGUAGACACGGAACCAUUGUUUCCUUUGUUGUCUAUGUGACGUAUGUCACGAAUUAAAGGGCCUUGGUUGACCGGCAUUCCAUGCGAGCUUUUGUUCGUGUUCGAAAAUAACAAUAAAUUGUAUUAUGAGCGAAAAAGUGCUCUUUAUUAUCCCUUUAUGCUUUAUAAGUGGGGAUUUGGCAUGACUGAAUCGCAAACCAAACCGACGAAUGAUAUUUGAAGUCACAUCAUUUUUCAUAUAUGAAAAAUCUAAAAUACGAUCGCACUGAAUGCUGGUUGACCAUGGAUAAUUGGGUGAAAAGAAAAUAGUGAAUUUUGAGGGACAUACUGAGUGCGAAGUGCGCUCUCUCUAUAGGUACGAUGGUGCUUAUGACCGAGUAUCGUACCCCUUAAACAGCGAAAAUAGACUAUACUUUGUUUUACCUCUAUUGGCGUUAGUUGUGAUGGCUUCUUUAAUGGUGUCUUAAAAUAUAAAGAGAGUAUGAAUGCAAAAUAGAAAUUGGACAAGCAUAAACACCAAACUAUUUUACUUAAACCCUGGUUUAAAGCAUAUUCGAAUAACAAUGUCGUUGAAAAAGCCUGCAGCCCGCAAGUUCUCAUGGAUAGUCAUUAUUUCAAUUUAAUAGAGAUAAUCCAUGAUGCCUUGCGGUCCGAAGCAUUAGGCUUAACAACGUAGGUUGCCCUGUCACAUAAUGACGUAACAUCAAAGCAUUUUUGUAACGCAAAGAAUUAUGAUCACCAGACGGGGUAAAAUGGCAACAAGGGAAAAAUACGAAAAAAACAUAGAUUCAUAAUAUAUAUCAAUUGUAGAUUAGAGAUUUGGUCCGACCAUAUUUCCAUUGUUUUCAGUGAGUCUACUGUGUCUACUGUAAACAAGCUACAACGUUGUUGUGUCACAGGGCAACUGAAUUUGAAAUUAAUAUUUGAAAAGGCAACGGAGAGUUGUGGAAGAGGUAACGGAGAGUUGUCGAAGUGGUAACGGAGAGUUGUCGAAUAGGUAACAGAGAGUUGUCGAAUAGGUAACGAGAGUAGCCGAAGAGGUAACGGAGAGUUGUCAAAGAGGUAACGCGGAGAGUUGUCGAAGAGGUAACGGAGAGUUGUCGAAGAGGUAACGGAGAGUUGUCAAAGAGGUAACGCGGAGAGUUGUCGAAGAGGUAACGGAGAGUUGUCGAAGAGGUAACGGAGAGUUGUCAAAGAGGUAACGCGGAGAGUUGUCGAAGAGGUAACGGAGAGUUGUCGAAGAGGUAACGGAGAGUGUCGGAGAGAUAUCGAAGAGUUGUCGGUGAUGUAUUGGAGAGUCAUUGGACACUGUCAAGGAGAAUUAUGGGAACAUGCUCAAUAAGUCGAAACAGCUGACUAUAGUUCUCGUCUUCCACGAGUUGAAUGGCUUGUCCUUAUAAAUCAUAGAAAGUGGGUUGGUAACAGAAACGUCUCAAAGAUUUAGUUUAAAAUAUAUAUUUCUCAUGCUAUUACUCGGGUCCCAGCACUCUAUAAGCCAACAACAGUGGCUCUACUCGCAACAGGAAUCCCAACCGAUUCGGGUACAUGGAUCGUACAUCUCCGAUUGAAUUUUGAAUAUAAUCUAUAUUUUUUUUAUUGUGUAUUUUUGAUAUUGUGAAAUUGUUGCUUUGAAUACUAGCAGCAAAACCUCAGAGACCUUUUAUAAAGUAUUAUUUUGUUCACUAUAUUAAUUUAUGUAAUUUGAGAUGGAUAGUUUUUGGUAGAAAAAUAAAUUUGUUGCAUUCCA